GGCGCGCGGUCGUGACGUCACCGGAAGCGCCGCUCUGUGUGUUCUGUUCCUCAACAGCAGUGCUAAACCCCUCCGCUUCCAUCGGUUUUUAAUGUUCGUUUUCUGUAGUUUUGUGUUUUUGUCGCGAAGGAUGUCGCGCUGAUGUGAUGUAGAUGUGUUUCUGCGCGCGCUCGUCUGCGGUUUGGAUUACUCGCGGUGUUUUCGCGGCUUUGUGAUGAAGAGGUGACGAUCAGAUGAUGGCGCCCUCUAAGAUGAAGCUACGUGUGAGGAAGAGAGACAGCGCUGGCAAAUCUUCUCAGCGUUUAUUGGCCAACGCGUCGCCCGAUUCCAAAUGCCCCAUCUGCCUCGACGGCUUCAACAACGUGGCGUCGCUGGACCGCUGCCUGCACCGGUUCUGUUUCCAUUGCAUCUACGAGUGGUCCAAGAACAAAGCCGAGUGUCCGCUCUGUAAGCAGCCCUUCCACUCCAUAUUCCACUCCGUCAAAGGGGAAAACGACUUUAAGGAGUUCGUGCUGCGUCCGCCGGAGAAUGGAGCGCCCGCGAACGCCGAUCCGCCUCAGCGUGUGCUCCGCCCCCGAGUUCUCCGAGCCCGGGAGAGGCGGAGCCACAGAGCACAAACCCCCGGCCCUUCCUCCUCCCCUCCGCUAGAGGAUGACGUUAUGUUCGAUGGCCUGACGGAUGCAGCGGCGCUCGCAGAGAACCAAGACGUGCAGCAGAUGGUGCUGCGAUUGACAGCGCGCAGACAUGGGCGUGGCGAGGGGCGGAGCUUGCGGCGUUUGCGCGACCAAGACGUUGUAGCGUUCCGACGCGCGCUUUAUAGGACCGGCGUGCGAGUGCGCAACUCGAGGGACGCCGGCAGGCAGAGGGACAUUUCGGCCACGUUCUUGCGACAAAAUCCUGGCUGUUUACGCCGACUGUUGCCUUGGCUGCAGCGCGAGCUCACCGUUUUGUACGGUUCGCACGGCUCGCUGGUGAACAUCGUGCAGAACAUCAUCAUCUCACGCAUCAUGAACUACAACAUGGAGGACUCGGCUAUCCGGGACGAGCUCCGCCCCUUCCUGCUGGCGCGCACCGACCACUUCCUGCACGAGCUGGUGAGCUUCGCCCGCUCCACCCUCAACAUGGAGGCGUACGACCAGCAGGCCGUUUACGACUGUCCCGCUCCCAGCUACGAGGAGGGCAGCAGCUCGGACCUUUCUGUUAUCGCCAUCUCUGAGGAUGACGAUGGUAAUGACAGUGAGGACAAUGUCACAGAGAAUCCCUCUGCUGUCCAGGAACGCCUUGCAUCCGUUGCCACAGCAAUUGGAGCGGAAAGUUUGCCAAGUCAGUCAGCGUGGGAUGAUGAGACGCCUGGUCCCUCCUAUUCAACCCUCCUCCCCUCUUCCAGCCAAUCACAUGGCGAGGGGGUGGAGCCAAUCGAAAGCACAGCCCCUCCCCUCAGCGCCCUGGAUAUGACUGACCCUUUGGCGAGUGGCAGAGUGUCAGCCGGACCAGGUGAAGAUGACGAAGAGGAAGAGUGCCUCAUUGUGGGAUAUGUGAAACCAAUGGCCGAACGGACUCCAGAACUUGUUCAGCUCUCUUCAGACUCGUCUGAAGAAGAGCAAGAGCCAGCCACCACUGAGACAGCGGCACCAGUAACGAAAUCAGAGGCAUCCCAAGUGCAGCUCCCAUUACAGUCCCACAUGAUCCCAAUUAGCCCUAGUUCCUCCCCAGGCCCUGCUCCCUUGUGCAGUCCACAGCAUAUACUCUCGGAUGGAGUCGGGUCAUACAGCAUAGAACGAGAGACCGACUACUUGUCCUCCCAUGGUCUCCGGUCCAAAGAUGGUUCACGUUCACGGCAGAGUGGAGAUGACUUCAGAUUCAAAGGUCACAAGAGGCACAGAAGUCAUCGGCGCUCUGGCAGCAAAGAGAAGGAUAAGAGUUCAGAACGAUCUCAGCACAUCAAGACCCCGGAUUGCUCGCCAAGCCAAACACAGAGCUGGACACAAAGCCCAGCAGUGUCCGUUUGGAGCAGUAGCCCUGUCUCUAAGUCACACAGUAGCGACUGCUCUCCUUCUCGAAAUAAAAGUGGAGAGCAUUCGCGCCAUGCAAGAGAGAGAUUCUCAAACUCUCCUUCCAACUCCAGAAGGAAGAGAACCAAGGAAAGGAGGAGUAGGUCACCCGACUCGGACUCGUUCCCAGGACUCGAUGGUUCCCACCUUCUCUGUGAGGCAAAGCGUUGUCGUAAACGCCACAAGCGGUCGGUCAGCAGCAGCAGCGCUGAUUCGCACUCCGAAAGAUCCUGCCUGGACAAACCCAGUGGCAAACGCAAGUACAAAACCCGGCACUUGGAGCGAGCAGCCCAGCGGCAGCACAAGGAGGGAACCACGAGCAAAGAAAAGCGGCACCGAGAGCGGCGACGAAGCAGGGAACGAUCUCCAAGUGUGGAGAUCAUCUAUGAACGAAGGCCGCCUGACCCGUACUGUGUCCAGCGGAAGAAGAGGAAGCACCGGAAGCGAAGGAGGGAGCUGCGUUCUCCCACUGUGAUCACGAUCGAUAGCGACAGCGACCGUACCAUCGACUGUCUGGACCGCGUCAUGGACGUUAUAGACCAAACCGCUGCUGAUGUCGAGCAGAGGGAUGAGACUCCUGAGCAGGAUUCCAUCCAGAACACAAGUUGUACCUUGGACUCUUCAAAUCCUCUAUCGGAGCUUUCGAGUCCCACGGGCCGAGGCGACCCAACCACUGAACGCACACUCAACCUGGACGACUGCGUGGUGGAUGUAGUCGACCACAGUAGUUCCGACUGCUCCCGAAAUAUUGGUGCCAGUACCCACGAAGAGUUUAUUCCCAACCCUUUCCCAGAGGAUUCGAUAUUAAUGGCCCCACCUUCGGAUGAGAGGCUGCUGGAAACCAUACUGCAAGAUUUUGUGGAUUUCCUACCGGAGGCAGAGCGGGAAAUGGGGCAAAGAUCUCCCGGCCAACAGGAACCCACUCCUAGCCAACAAAAAGACCAAUCAGAGAUGGGAGGAGAUGCCGAGAACUUGGAGAAUGAGAACAUUGAUGGCAACGGACCACAAGAGCCGACGACCAACACUGCUAGCUAGAACUAAAACAAACUUCUUUUUUUUUUACAGACACAUGCUUGUCUGAUGCUUAUGCCUCUAGAUGUUUUAUAAACUCAUUUAAAGUUUGAAUUCCUGCUGGAAAUGGAUGCUUAAUGUGUUUGGAGAACUUUUUUUUGUUUUUUUGUCAACGUCAUUAUUAUUGUUCAUGUUGUAUUUAUAGUUACGGUGAUCCUCUUCCUCGAAUCUGGUGCUGAUUCUCUGUGCCACAACCCAACUACGAUCAUGCCUGGAUGGCAGCCCUCGUACCCAUAAUCAUAACCUCAGUAGCAGCAAAUACAUAGGGGUUACCAUCUAGGCUAGUGGUUCUCAGCUUGUUUGCUUCAAGACUCAGGGCCUUUGACAAACCGGAAAAAAAUAUAUAUAUAUGGGAAACUUAAUUUUGCUAUCCUACACUCUUAGAAAAAAAAAUUUGCAAAACUUGUACCACUAAGGUGAUUUUGCACCGGAAGAACCUUUUCAUAGUUCCUAGGAAGUCCAUUUGGGGGAACUAAUUUAGCUCAGAGUGUGGUCUAAAACAGUUCUAUAGGAACUGCGAGUGACAUAAGUGUAGCUGUUUGGCCAAACGGAUAGGAAACGUUGGCUACCCAGCAUUUUUAAAAAGCCAUGUAAAACAAAUGACUCCACGAACAUGGAAAAUAAUGUUAAUGGCAUAUACCUGUUGUCUGCACCCUUGUGUUCUUUCUCAGCUUCGAUGAUAUGUAACACUGCAAGUUGUCAUGGGAGACUUAGUACAAUUUUUAACGCUCUUUCAAUUGCAAAAAUUGUGCAUUUACGUUCCAUCUCUGUUAUCACAAAUCUCACGACACACAACAAAAACAGCUCUGAGCACGGCGUUCUCCAUUCGGCAGUUGUUGAUAUUUAUAAAUGACGCUACUUAAGACGUCACUGUCGGCCGCUUCAGAGUUCGAAUGCAACCAGAAAAACAGCCAGAUGGAAAAAUUGAUACUCUAGGAACCACCCUGCUGGCUAGUUCCUAUAACUAAAGCCUGGAAUACACUACACAAUCUUUGCCCCGAUUUUCCACAGAUUUACAGUCUGGAGAAGUUGACGCUAGUUGCUGAAAGUCAGAGCCAGUCUGCAGAUUUGAGUUGACGGAUUGCAUAGAAAAUCGCGUAGUGUAUGAUGGUCACAGAUUCCGAUUUUUCAGCUUCAGACUUUGAUUCCAUCCAGUCAGAGGAUUUCAAACAUGUUUGAUAUUUACAGCUGAUUUUAGAAUGCAUAUUGUUUUCAUUUGUCAAGUGUGUCCUAGCAGCAAGGCACACAUUUCUGCAUGAGUUUGUUGUGAUCGGAACGACUGGUAGUGUGUGAUGCUCGGUCGUGUAGUGUAUGAUGGCCAGUUUUCCCUUGUCACUAUUUACAGUUGGUAAGUAUAUAAUGGCACUUGUUUUAAAAAUCUGUUCAGAUUUUAAAAGUUGUGUGGUGUAUUCCAGGCUUAAGUUCCUAGAACUACGCAGUGCGAAAGCCCCUUUAGAUGUACAACAGAUUGUCACUGGGGCAGCGCUUUGGAAAGAAGGAGAAAAUGGCCCAGCUAGCGUUUUUUGGUGUAACACGUGAAUGUCCCCUAUGGGUACAUAUGUGACCCUGGACCACAAAACCAGUCUUAAAUGUCAAUUUUUCAUAAUUAAGAUUUAUAGCUUUCCAUUGAUGUAUGGUUUGUUAGGAGGACAAUAUUUGUCUGAGAUACAACUUUUUGA